AUGUCAUCCGGCGCGGAGUUGCUCAACAUUCUAUUAAUCGGUUCCGGUGGUCGCGAGCACGCGAUUGCAUGGAGGUUGGCAAAGUCUCCAAGAGUAGAGCAUGUAUAUGUUGCACCUGGUAAUGGUGGAACCGCAAGGGGAUUAUCCAGAGUGUCAAAUGUCCCAAUCGAUACGAAUGACUUUACCAAGCUUACAAAGUUUGCUGUUGACAAUCACAUAAAUCUCGUUGUCCCCGGACCAGAACAACCAAUUGUUGACGGAAUCGAAGCGGCGUUUAGAAGAGUUGGAAUUCCGUGCUUUGCCCCAUCAGCAAAAGCGGCAGUAAUGGAAGGAUCGAAAACGUUUGCAAAAAACUUUAUGAAGAAACAUAACAUACCGACGGCGACUUACGAGUCUUUUUCAGACUACUCUCAAGCCAAAGAAUACCUAGAAUCCAUUACUCAUCGCGUAGUGAUUAAAGCAUCAGGCCUUGCUGCUGGUAAAGGAGUCCUGAUACCGGCAAAUAAAGAAGAGGCUUUGAACGCAUUGAAGGAAAUAAUGAUAGAUCGGGUAUUUGGGAAUGCUGGUGAUGAAGUGGUAAUCGAAGAGUAUCUUGAGGGACAAGAACUGAGUAUCUUGUCAAUUUGUGAUGGGUACACUAUUGUGUCACUUCCACCUGCUCAGGAUCAUAAACGCGCUUUUGAUGGUGAUCAGGGACCAAAUACUGGAGGUAUGGGUUGUUAUUGCCCAACUCCUAUUGUAACACCGGAACUUCUGACCGAGAUUGAUACCACCAUAUUGAAGCCAACUCUAACAGGGAUGCGACAUGAUGGAUUCCCGUUUGUCGGAAUACUCUUCACUGGCCUGAUGAUCACCAAUUCAGGACCAAAAGUACUUGAAUACAACGUUAGGUUCGGUGACCCUGAAACAGAAACUGUCCUUCCUCUGCUCAGUGAUGAAUCAGAUCUAGCCGAAAUUAUGAUGGCUUGUGUUGAAAGGAGAUUAGACUCAGUUCAGAUAGCUAUAAAGCCAGGGUACGCUGUUACAGUCAUUAUCGCGUCCGGAGGAUAUCCCGGUCCAUAUUCAAAAGGAAAAGAGAUUACUUUUAAUAACCUCUCUUCUGAUGCAUUAAUAUUUCAUGCGGGCACGAGUAUAAACGAAGAUAACAUACUCUCAACUUCCGGUGGUCGCGUAUUGGCCGUAUCGGCUGUUGCUCCCACAUUAGAAGAAGCAGUUGCCAAGGCGUAUCAGAGCGUAGGAUUAAUUCACUUUGAUUCGAUGUAUUAUCGAAAGGAUAUAGCUCACCGCUCUUUGUCAACACCUAAAUCUCAUAACACUUAUGCAUCAGCUGGUGUCUCCAUUGAUGCCGGUAAUUUGCUCGUAGAGAAGAUAAAACCGCUUGUAAAAACCACUCGUCGACCAGGAGCUGAAGCAGAUAUUGGUGGAUUUGGGGGAUUAUUUGAUCUUAAACCACUGCAAUACAGUGACCCGCUGUUGGUCGCUGCCACUGACGGUGUUGGGACCAAGUUGAAGAUUGCCCAGGCGACUAAUAGACACGAGACGAUAGGUGUCGAUCUUGUUGCAAUGAAUGUGAACGACUUGAUCGUGCAAGGCGCCGAGCCGUUGUUCUUUUUAGAUUACUACGCAUGUGGAAAACUACAGGUGAACGUCGCAACUGACGUUGUCAGCGGGAUCGUUGAUGGAUGUAAAGAAGCCGGUUGCGCUUUAAUUGGCGGUGAGACUGCCGAGAUGCCGGGACUUUAUAAAACGGACGAAUACGAUUUAGCCGGAUUUUGUGUUGGAGUAGUAGAACGCAAUUUAAUCCUCCCUCGUCUAUCUUCGAUAAAACCUGGUGAUACUCUUCUUGGUCUUGCAUCUUCCGGAUUGCAUUCAAAUGGCUUCUCACUGGUUCGGAAAAUAAUCGAUUCUAAUAAUCUCACAUAUGCCUCGCCUUGUCCGUGGGAUACGUCAAUUACUCUUGGUCAGGCAUUGCUUGUACCAACCAGAAUAUACGUCAAGCAGGUUAUGAAUAUUGUGAAGGGAGCUACAGUUAAAGGUUUAUCUCACAUCACCGGCGGUGGGUUUUAUGAUAACAUCCCAAGGAUUCUGCCCGAUGACGUUGGCGUCGUGAUUAAUGCAAGACAGUGGGAAGUUCCCACAGUCUUUAAAUGGCUUGCGCGUGUUGGUAAUAUUCAACCAGAUGAAUUGCUCAGAACAUUUAACUGUGGAAUUGGCAUGGUUAUUAUAGUCCCAACGGAUGCAGUUGACAACAUCACUCAUCAAUUGCAAGGUCCUAACUGGGCUACAGUAUUCAAUAUUGGGAGGGUUGUAAGCAAGCAGGACAUUGAAGGAAAUUCUGUUGUUAUAGAGGAGAAGGAAGCUUUGUCUUGA